CGGGCACUACUUUCCGUCUGCGGUGGUUCCGCCGACCCCCGCGGCUCCCCGCCCCCCCGCCGGCGGAAGGAGACGCGCGGCGCGCUCGCGGAGCCUAGCCCGGGAGGCGGAGUAGUACUGGCCGCGGCUCUCGAGCGGCAGCGGCGCCCGGCGGCUUGGGGGCCUCCGACGGCCGAGUCGGGUUUCUGUCAGUUUUUUGUAUGUUUGGGUGUGUUUGUGGCUGCAGCCCCACGCUGUGAGUCUGAGGACCUUGUGGUUGUUGGGGCCGCCAAGCGUCCGAGGUCGCUGUGUCCUCCAGGGCAGAGCGUCCGGUGUGCCCCGAGUCGGCGUUCUCCCGCUCGCGGGACCGCCGCGGUCUCCCGGUCAGCUCUCAGCAUGGGCGGCCGGUAAGAGCCGGGGUUAGCAGUUCUCUGGAGAACACGGCCAUCGCUGUGGCAGCUCCGGCCAUGGCGGUGGAGACGCGGCCGGAGCUGGUGGGGAAGCGGUUCCUGUGUGUGGCGGCCGGCGACGAGGCGCGUCCGGAGCGCGGGGAGAGCGGACGCUGUUGGCGGAGCUGGCGAGCGGGGGUCAUCCGAGCCGUGUCACACAGGGACAGUCGCGAUCCGGACCUGGCGGUAUAUGUGGAAUUUGAUGAUCUUGAAUGGGAUAAACGAGAGUGGGUUAAAGUUUAUGAAGAUUUUUCAACUUUCUUGGUGGAAUACCACUUAAUCUGGGCCAAAAGGAAUGACCCUAGUCAGACUCAGGGAUCAAAGAGCAAGCAGAUUCAGUGGCCUGCAUUGACUUUCAAACCCUUGGUUGAAAAGAGUAUACCCAGCUCAAUCACUGCAGUAGAAUUCCUUGUAGAUAAACAACUGGAUUUUUUAACUAAAGAUAGUGCCUUUCAGCCUUAUCAGGACGACAUAGACAGCCUAAAUCCAGUUCUCAGGGACAACCCGCAGCUUCACGAGGAAGUGAAAGUCUGGGUAAAGGAACAAAAGGUUCAGGAGAUUUUUAUGCAAGGUCCUUAUUCCUUAAAUGGAUAUAGAGUGAGAGUAUAUAGACAAGACUCUGCCACCCAGUGGUUUACUGGCAUAAUUACUCAUCAUGAUCUCUUCACCCGCACCAUGAUCGUUAUGAAUGAUCAGGUACUAGAACCACAGAAUGUCGAUCCUUCUAUGGUUCAAAUGACCUUUCUAGAUGAUGUUGUUCACUCUUUAUUAAAAGGUGAAAAUAUUGGUAUUACAUCACGACGUAGAUCUCGUGCCAAUCAAAAUAUCAACAGUGUUCACGGUCAUUAUACGCGUGCCCAAGCAAAUAGUCCCAGACCAGCAAUGAACCCCCAAACUGCUGUACCAAAACAGAAUACACACCAGCAACAGCAACAAAGGAAUAUCCGUCCAAAUAAGAGAAAGGGCUCGGAUAGCAGUAUACCAGAUGAAGAGAAGAUGAAGGAGGAAAAAUACGAUUGUAUAUCACGAGGAGAAAAUCCUAAAAGUAAAAGCAAACACUUGAUAAAUAAAAGAAGGAAACCUGAGGAUGAUGAAAAGAAACUAAAUAUGAAAAGACUGAGAGCUGACAAUGUUUCAGACUUUUCUGAAAGCAGUGAUUCAGAAAAUUCAAAUAAGAAGGUAAUAGAUAAUUCCUGCAAGCAGAAGCCAGAGGAUGAAUUGAAAAAUAAAAACACUUCUAAGAUAAAUGGGGAAGAAGGAAAAUCCCAAAAUAAUGAGAAGGCAGAAGAAACAUUGACAGAUAACCAAACUAACUGGGAUCAAAUAAAGGAUGAUAAGAAACAGGAAGAAGCAGAAAAACGAAAAUGUGUUGACACACAGCUACAAGAAGAAAUGAAUAUCCAUUCAUCCGAGCAGGCCAUCCAUUCUGAUCACAAAUCUCAUGAUGUACUUCUUCAGGAAUGCAGUGUAGAAAACACAGUCGAAUUACUACCAAAGGAAAAGUUUAUAUCCAGACCACCAACACCAAAAUUUGUUAUUGACAUUACAAAUGACACUAACUCAGAGAAGAUGGUUCAGGAAAGCUCAAGUACCUUUGGUCUUCAGCUUCCAAAAGUGGAUCCUAAUGUUAGCGAUUCAAAACAUUCAAUUACCAAUACAAAAUACUUGGAAACAGCAAAGCAAGAUUCUGACCAGAGCUGGGUCAGUGAUGUAGUUAAAGUAGAUUUAACCCAAUCAAAUGUUAAAAAUGCCUCUUCUGGAAAUGAUCAUCUAAACAUGGAAAAAGAGAAAAAUCAGUUUGUUCCCUACAUUUCUUCAAGUACAGUGUCUGUCUCAGAAGAUAAGCUACAUAAACGCAGCCCACCCCCAGAGACCAUAAAAUCUAAACUUAAUGUUUCAGUAGAUGUUCACAAGGCAAAAUCUAAUCCUUCACCUGAAGUUAAACCCAAAAUUACUCAUUCUCCUGAUUCUUUAAAAUCUAAGGGUACCCAAGUGAAUAGCCAGGCCACUGGUGAAAGAAGACUAGCUAAUAAGAUGGAGCAUGACUUAUCAAGGUGUAGUUUUCAUCCAGUUCCUACUCGAGGCAGUACAAUGGAAACCACUAAGAGCCCCCUGAUCAUUGAUAAAAAUGAGCAUUUCACAGUUUACAGAGAUCCUGCUCUUAUUGGACCAGAAACAGGAGCUAAUCACAUUUCACCUUUCUUAGGCCAGCAUCCUUUCCCUCUUCAUUCCUCAUCACAUAGAACUUGUUUAAAUCCAGGUACCCAUCACCCUGCCUUAACUCCUGCACCUCACCUAUUAGCUGGAUCAUCUAGUCAAACUCCAUUACCUACCAUUAACAGUCAUCCUCUGACUAGUGGUCCACACCAUUCUGUUCAUCACCCUCAUCUACUUCCUGCGAUGUUACCUGGAGUGCCUGCUGCCUCCUUACUCGGUGGCCACCCGCGACUGGACAGUGCUCAUGCCAGCAGCUUGAGCCAUUUAGCACUAGCACACCAGCAACAGCAACAGUUAUUACAGCACCAGUCCCCUCAUCUGCUUGGACAAGCCCAUCCUUCUGCUUCAUAUAAUCAGCUUGGACUUUACCCAAUUAUUUGGCAGUAUCCAAAUGGUACACAUGCUUACUCAGGACUUGGUUUGCCUUCUUCAAAAUGGGUUCACCCAGAAAAUGCAGUUAAUGCUGAAGCUUCUUUGAGGAGGAAUUCACCCAGUCCUUGGUUACACCAACCCACCCCUGUAACCUCAGCAGAUGGUAUUGGAUUACUUAGUCACAUUCCUGUGAGACCUUCCAGUGCAGAGCCUCAUCGGCCUCUUAAACUCACAGCACAUUCCAGUCCACCAUUGACAAAAACUUUAGUAGAUCAUCAUAAAGAAGAACUGGAGAGAAAGGCUUUCAUGGAACCAUUACGGUCCAUUGCAUCCACUUCAGCAAAAAAUGACUUGGAUCUAAAUAGGUCACAGACUGGAAAAGAUUGUCAUUUGCAUAGGCAUUUUGUGGAUCCAGUGUUAAAUCAAUUACAAAGGCCACCCCAGGAAACUGGAGAGAGAUUAAACAAAUACAAAGAAGAACACCGUCGAAUUCUUCAAGAAAGUAUUGAUGUUGCUCCCUUUACAAGCAAAAUCAAGGGACUCGAGAGUGACCGAGAUUUUUCCAGAGUAGGGUCAUCAUCAUCUUCUAGUCCUAAAAGCCAUGUCAUCAAGCAAGAUAAAGAUGUGGAGCGCUCAGUAUCAGAUCUGUACAAAAUGAAGCACUCAGUGCCCCAAAGUUUGCCCCAAAGUAAUUAUUUCACUACAUUGUCUAAUAGUGUGGUAAAUGAACCACCAAGAUCAUACCCAUCCAAAGAAGUUUCCAAUAUUUAUGCUGAUAAACAGAGUAAUAUUCAUGCGGCUGCAUCUAAUCCUCAGACUCUGACUUCAUUCAUGUCAUCUCUUUCAAAGCCUCCACCUUUGAUUAAACACCAACCAGAAAAUGAAAAUAUAGUAGGUAAGCUACCUGACCAUCUUCCCCAGCAAAUUGCAUCUCACUCAGUAACAACAUUCAGGAAUGAUUGCCGAAGUCCUACCCAUUUGACAGUUUCUUCUACAAAUACACUCCGCAGUAUGCCUGCCUUACAUAGAGCACCAGUAUUUCACCCACCAAUCCAUCACAGUUUAGAAAGAAAAGAAACAAGUUAUAGUAGCCUUUCCCCUCCAACUUUAACCCCAGUGAUGCCAGUAAAUGCUGGUGUGAAAGUUCAAGAAUCACAAAAGCCUCCAACCUUAAUUCCUGAGCCAAAAGACUGUCAGGCUAAUUUUAAGAGUUCUUCUGAACAGAGUUCGACAGAAAUGUGGAGAUCUAAUAAUAACCUAAGCAAAGAGAAAGCUGACUGGCAUGUGGAAAAAAGCAGUGGAAAGUCACAUGCUGCUAUUGCAUCUGUCAUUGUGCGUCCACCAUCUAGUAUAAAAAUGGAUAGCGUGCCAGCAGUGCAGUUAGCUUCUAAAGACAGAGUUAGUGAAAAAUCCUCAACUGGAGCAAAUAAAACAGAUUGCUUCAAAUCAGCAGAAGCUGGACAGACUGGAAGAAUCAUUCUGCCAAGUGUGAAUUCAGACAGUGCUCAAAUAAAAUCUGAAAAAAACCUUCAAGUCUCCCAGAGCAGUGUUCCCAGUUCAGUCACGUCUGCUGUAAAUACACUGUGUAACACCAAAACGGAGAUGUUCACAUCUUCAGCCACUACCACAAGUAUUUCCAGCUGGGGGGCUGGUUCAGAAGUCAUUUACUCUUUAUCAAAUACCAUUUUGGUUCCUACAUCACUAGAAUGUAACUCUUCAAAAAGUGUUAGUCAACCUGUGGCACCAUCACAAGAGUACAAGGUCAACACUACAGCUCCUGUUCCACUGAUUAACAGUAAGACAGGAAGUGCUGUUCAGUCAAGUUCUGGAUUCUCAGGCACAACUGAUUUUAUCCACUUAAAAAAGCACAAGGCAGCAUUGGCUGCAGCUCAGUAUAAAAGUAGUAAUGUCAGUGAGACUGAACCUAAUGUGAAAAAUCAGACAUCUUCACACUCUGUUUCCCUGGAUAGUACUGUAAUCUGUAGUACAGUUAACAAAGCAAGCUCUGCAGGAAAUGGGCAAGCAUCCCAGACAAGUCAACCAAACUACCAUACUAAGCUGAAAAAGGCUUGGCUCACUAGACAUUCAGAAGAAGAUAAAAAUACUAAUAAAAUGGAAAGUUCAGGGAAUUCUGUAUCAGAAAUUAUUAAGCCAUGUUCAGUCAACUUAAUAGCCUCUACAUCUAAUGAUAUACAAAAUAGCAUAGAUAGUAAAGUUAUAGUUGAUAAGUAUGUGAAAGAUGACAAAGUUAAUAGGAGAAAAGCCAAAAGAACUUAUGAAUCUGGCUCUGAGAGUGGAGACUCAGAUGAAAGUGAAAGCAAAUCUGAGCAAAGGACUAAGCGGCAACCUAAGCCAACUUACAAAAAGAAGCAGAACGAUUUACAGAAGAGAAAGGGUGAAAUGGAGGAGGACUUGAAACCCAAUGGAGUUCUCAGCAGGAGUGCCAAAGAAAAAAGCAAACUGAAGUUACAGAACAACAGUAACAGUGCUGGCAUCCCUCGUUCGGUUUUAAAAGAUUGGCGAAAAGUCAAGAAGUUGAAGCAAACUGGAGAAUCCUUUUUACAGGAUGACUCCUGCUGUGAGAUAGGACCUAAUUUACAAAAGUGCCGAGAAUGUAGGCUUAUACGUAGUAAAAAAGGAGAAGAACCAGCUCACUCACCAGUAUUUUGUAGAUUUUAUUACUUUAGACGAUUGUCAUUUAGUAAAAAUGGAGUGGUUAGAAUAGAUGGUUUUUCUUCUCCUGACCAAUAUGAUGAUGAAGCUAUGAGUUUAUGGACACAUGAAAAUUAUGAAGACGAUGAAUUAGACUUGGAAACUUCUAAGUAUAUCUUGGAUAUAAUAGGUGAUAAGUUCUGUCAGUUAGUAACAUCUGAAAAAACAGCUUUGUCCUGGGUGAAGAAGGAUGCAAAAAUUGCCUGGAAAAGAGCAGUGAGAGGAGUCCGAGAGAUGUGUGACGCAUGUGAAGCAACAUUGUUUAACAUUCAUUGGGUCUGCCAAAAAUGUGGAUUUGUGGUCUGCUUGGAUUGUUACAAGGCCAAAGAGAGGAAGAGUUCUAGAGAUAAAGAACUGUAUGCUUGGAUGAAGUGUGUGAAGGGACAACCUCAUGAUCAUAAACAUUUAAUGCCAACUCAAAUUAUUCCUGGUUCUGUUUUGACAGAUCUUCUAGAUGCCAUGCACAUUCUUAGGGAAAAAUAUGGUAUUAAAUCCCAUUGUCAUUGUACUAACAAACAGAAUUUACAAGGUGGAAAUUUUCCUGCAAUGAAUGGUGUAUCUCAAGUUUUACAGAAUGUUCUUAACCACGGUAGUAAAAUUUCUCUCUGUGUACCGGAGUCUGAACAGCAGAAUAUACCUGAGAAGUCUGAGGCCAGUGGCAACAGCAGCCCAAGGAGUGAUGUCAGCACAGAGAGCAAGUUAACACCUCCAGAGUCCCAAUCACCAUUGCACUGGUUAGCAGAUCUUGCAGAACAAAAAGCCAGGGAGGAAAAAAAAGAAAAUAAAGAUUUUGACCUUGAUAAACAAAUUAAAGAAGGGCGAGAACAAGACAUCUCUGAUUCUCCAAAUGGCAGAACAUCAUCUCCUGUGUCUCAGAGUAAUGAACAAGGUUCAACUCUGCGGGAUUUGCUGACCACAACAGCUGGCAAAUUACGUGUGGGCUCUACAGACGCUGGCAUUGCCUUUGCUCCAGUGUAUUCAAUGGGAACUGCAAGUGGCAAAAGUGGACGGACUAUGCCCAACAUUCUGGAUGACAUCAUUGCUUCAGUUGUUGAAAACAAAAUUCCACCAAGUAAAUCCUCCAAGAUAAAUGUAAAACCAGAGCCUAAUGAAGAACCCAAAGAAAGCAGAAAGCCUGCUGUGAAUGAAAACAAUAAAUUAUAUAGUGAUAUACCACAUUCUUGGAUCUGUGAGAAGCAUAUUUUAUGGCUUAAGGAUUAUAAAAAUAGUAAUAAUUGGAAGCUUUUCAAAGAAUGUUGGAAACAAGGACAGCCUGCAGUGGUGUCCGGUGUACAUAAGAAAAUGAACAUAAGCUUGUGGAAGGCCGACUCCGUUAGCCUUGAUUUUGGAGAUCACCAGGCUGAUCUGUUGAACUGCAAAGACAGCAUUAUUUCAAAUGCCAAUGUUAAGGAAUUCUGGGAUGGUUUUGAAGAAGUUUCAAAACGACAGAAAAACAAAAGUGGGGAAACAGUUGUGUUAAAAUUGAAAGACUGCCCUUCAGGUGAAGACUUCAAGACUAUGAUGCCAGCAAGGUAUGAGGAUCUUUUAAAAUGCCUACCAUUACCAGAAUACUGUAACCCAGAAGGAAAGUUCAAUUUGGCCUCUCAUUUGCCGGGAUUUUUUGUGCGCCCUGAUUUGGGACCCAGAUUAUGCAGUGCCUAUGGUGUAGCUGCUGCUAAAGAUCAUGAUAUAGGAACAACAAAUCUCCACAUUGAGGUUUCUGAUGUUGUAAACAUUCUAGUCUAUGUUGGCAUAGCAAAAGGAAAUGGCAUUCUCUCAAAAUCAGGAAUACUCAAGAAAUUUGAGGAGGAAGAUUUGGACGACAUUUUAAGGAAACGAUUGAAGGACUCAACUGAAACACCUGGUGCUUUGUGGCAUAUUUAUGCUGGGAAGGAUGUUGACAAGAUAAGGGAAUUUCUUCAAAAGAUUUCAAAAGAACAAGGCCUUGAAGUUCCACCAGAACAUGAUCCAAUACGUGACCAAAGCUGGUAUGUAAACAGAAAGCUCCGCCAAAGGCUGCUUGAAGAGUAUGGAGUCAGAACUUGCACUCUGAUUCAGUUCCUUGGUGAUGCCAUUGUUUUGCCUGCAGGCGCACUACAUCAGGUACAGAAUUUUCACAGCUGUAUUCAGGUAACUGAAGACUUUGUGUCUCCAGAACAUCUAGUACAGUCAUUUCAUUUAACACAAGAGCUGAGGCUUUUGAAAGAAGAAAUCAAUUACGAUGAUAAGCUACAGGUUAAAAAUAUCUUAUAUCAUGCAGUCAAAGAAAUGGUGAGAGCUUUGAAGAUACAUGAAGAUGAAGUGGAGGAUAUGGAGGAAAAUUAAGUCUUGUCCAGUUUGAUAGUUUUAGACUGUUGAACUGGCAUUACUUAUUCUUGAAUGAGAGGAUGUAUGCACACUGACUUAAGCUUCAUAAAACCAUCAGUGCCAAGAAAUUCUCUUUGUAGUAAUUACUUGUUACUGACACCGCAGCAGUAUAGCAUUAUGUCACAGCUACUGUGAUUCAAUGUUAGUUAUAAAACAAGAUAAAUUGGGGGGAAAAAAACAGUCCUACAUAGCUGUUUUUGUAUUAUAGUGUAUAUGAUGUUUGUGAAAAUGCCAGAUUUAAAAUGAUGUAUUUAUUUUUGGUAAAAAAAAAAAUACUAAAUUCUAUGCUAUAUUGUUGAUCAAGUGUAAAUGUGACCUUGUACAGUUUACUAAAAUAACCAAUAUUUUUCACUACAUUGAGACAGUUACUGUGAGAAUAGGACACAAACACCAGCUAUUGCCUGCAUUUGGGAAAUUGCUGAAUCGCACAGCAGUCAUGUUGUAAUCAGAAAAUUACUGCCAAAUAACUGUAAAAUUUGUAAGAUAAAAAGUGUAUAACGUAGAUACUAAAUACAGACUCUUCAAUAUUUUGUUGAAGCUAUUGACUGUACAAUUAAACAUUUUCAGAAGGUGUAAUUUAUUUAAAAUUGUCUCAUUUUGGUAAAAUUUAUGUGAACUUUUAAAGCUAAAUAUUAAACUUAAUAUGCUAUGUAAAUAUAUACAUAUAUACAUUUAAUGAUGUAUUUUUUUAAAACAUUGGCUUGCUUUUGUUAAAGUGCAAGUGUUACAUAUGGCUUUGUACAUUAAAGUUGAAAGGGGUUUUACAUUUUCCAUUAAAAAGACUUUUAUCAAAAAUUGG